GCGCAGCACCAAGGGGCGGGGCGGGGCUGCGCGCAAUCAGGGCAGCGCUUGAUGAGCAGUGUCCCGGAUAUUUACCUUCUUCUACCUGGAUCUUUCCUCGGACACCGCCGCCCGUCCCAUGGCGUCCUCGGCGGCCAGUCUCAUGAGUAUCUGCCGUCUCUGAAGCGGGACGACUGAGGCGGCGAAAUGCACAGUAGACGUGUUGAGGCCCGGGUCUGACAAUAAAGACACUACACACAUCUCCAGAGUCACUCCUUCGCAUUCAUGCUGCAUUACUCACUGCAGGCCUUUUGCUUCAUCCAUUACUCACCGUGCAAUGUCAUCAUCCUGAGGGAGGUGCUGUCAGACAACAGUCCCCCCCACUGUGACAAACUAAAGGGCCACUGGGCUGGGGGAAGUUACCGUGGUAACAAACAUGCCCAAACCAGACUUGGUUUGUCUCAUUCAGCUGCUGGAUGGCACCAUCGAGACCUUCAAAGUAAAUAAGCAGGAUGAAGGCGUGGUUCUGUUGGACCAAGUGUGCAACCACCUGGACUUGCAAGAGAAGCAGCUCUUUAGUCUACAGUUCAGAGAGUCCAGCACAGUUGUCCCCUCAAUCACAGCUAGCACACACUCGCCUAGAUGGCUGGAGCCUGAGAAACCCUUGAAGAAGCAGAUAAAAGGGCUUGCAUAUCCCAUUUACCUGAACUUCAGAGUGCGCUUCUUCAUUUCCGACCCCAACUCUCUGCAGCAUGAACAGACAAGGCACCUUUACUUCCUCCAGAUCAGGAGUGACAUUAAAGAGGGCAGGUUGCAGUGCCCGUUGAGCGCAGCUGUCGUAUUGGCCUCUUAUGCCGUGCAGUCUGAGCUAGGGGAUCACGGCCCAUCCCAGCAAAGUGGUUACUUGUCAAAGUGCCACUUCAUCCCUGAACAGAAUGACGACUUCCUGUCCAAAGUGGAAGAUCUGCAUCCACAGCAUAAGGGCCUGAAGCAAAGUGAGGCAGAGUUGUGUUUCCUCAACACAGCGCGGACGUUGGAGCUGUACGGAGUGGAGUUGCACAGCGCCCUGGACACCAACAAUGCCCCCGUAAUGGUGGGCUUGGCAUCGAGUGGUGUUGCAAUAUUCUCUAAUAUGAUUUGCUCCAGUUUCUUCCCCUGGGCCAACAUCAUCAAGAUUUCAUUUAAGAGGAAACGCUUUCUUAUGCAUCUCAAACAAAAGCAUGGGGAGACCCAAGACUGUAUGGUGUCGCUGGUCCUGCCCUGUCCAAAGACCUGCAAAAACCUAUGGCACUCCAGUGUGGACCAUCACUCUUUUUUUAGCUACAACCGGACCGCCAAGAGCCCCAAAAACAACAACAGCACGGUUCAUUCUUACAGGAAGUUGAUAAAUCAUCACCUGGGCUUGGCAUACAGUAAAAAUGAAAGUGGUCCCGUGUGCCAUCGUGUAGUAGGUGGCAUGGUGUGGAACCCUGUCCUACGGCGAUCCAUUUCUUCAGAAUAUUUUGAGACCAAGAGUCUUCCGUCACGAUCACCUCCCAACACCCCCAACUGGCGGAGUCCUCGCAUUCGCCACGGCAUCCGCAAAAUCCGACCAUCGUCCAUGGAGCUGAGUAGCGAACUGAAAGAUGUGUGCGAAGGGGAAGACGUUUUCUACACAUACAGGGCAUCAGUCAGCAGCAGCAAGGACAGCGAUGGAGAUGCUUCGCUACAUCAGGCGGACGGUGUCUUACAAUCUGAGGACGGUACAACAGAUGAUGAUGGUGUCAACACCUCUGUGUACAACAAGGCCCUGUCUGACGGCGACCUGCUGCUAAUUCGCAUUACUCCCGAUCUCGAGGGCAAGUUUGGCUUUAAUGUUAAAGGUGGCGUGGACCAGAAGAUUCCUUUAUCCAUAUCCCAAGUUAAACCUGACUCUCCGGCUGGCCGAUGUGAGCCCAAACUGCUGGAGGGAGAUCAAGUGGUGCUCAUCAAUGGUCGAGACAUUUCUGAACACACACACGACCAGGUGGUCAUGUUCAUUCGGGCCAGUAGAGAGUCGCAUUCCCGAGAGCUGGCCCUGCUCAUCAAACGCAAAGGUCCUGGCCGAGCGACGGUCCUGCUGCAGUUGCCUCCCGUCCUCCCCCUCACGAGCCCCUCCAAAGGAGAUGGGCUGCAGUCACCUGGUCAGUCGGUCACGACGUUGGACGAAUCGAUGCGACAACUGGAGAAAGGGAUUCAAUCUGGCACUGUGUGCUUCCACUUUGAGAAUCUAUACAGGAGAAAGCACGGCUUAUCCCUCAACUGCGCUCAUCUUCCAGAGAAUGUGGAGAAGAAUCGCUAUAGGGACAUUUUACCCUAUGACGCCACCAGAGUCACCCUCCAGGGCCGAGAGGACUACAUUAACGCCAGCCACAUCACGGUGGUGCCUCCGGUGUCUGGUGUGUGUUUGCGUUACAUUGCAGCUCAGGGUCCAUUGCCACAUACCUGCAGUGACUUUUGGCAGACUGUUUGGGAGCAACAGUCGCACACCAUCGUCAUGCUUACAACUCUGACAGAGAAAGGGCGGACCAAGUGCCACCAAUACUGGCCGCAUCCACCCGAAGUGAAGGAUUACGAACACAUGCGGGUGAAGUGUCAUUCGGAGGAAUGUAACCUGGCCUACGUGACGCGGCACUUCACCCUCACGCACAUUAAGCGAGGUGAGGAGCGUGCAGUCACACACCUGCAGUACGUGGCAUGGCCUGACCACGGUGUACCCGACGACCCUACCGACUUCCUGCUGUUCGUCAACUCGGCCAGGGAUAGGAGACGAGCCGAAGAGCCUCUCGUGGUGCACUGCAGCGCCGGGAUUGGACGGACAGGUGUUCUGAUCACCAUGGAGACGGCUCUGACGCUGCUGGAUCGGGGGCAGCCGGUGUUCCCUCUGGAAAUUGUUAAAACACUGAGAGAUCAGCGAGCCAUGAUGAUUCAGACCACGUGCCAGUACCAGUUUGUUUGCGAGGCCAUCUUGCGAGUCUACAAAGAAAAGCGAGGGGCAUCUACGACCUCGUCGACCCAAAAUCCGAAAACAGCGCCGGAGGAAAUUGAGCCUCAUAACUUCCACUCAAGCGACUCCCACUGAGGGGGCUGACAAGCACCACAAGAGAUUAACCUCUGUCGUGCCUGCGGGGCCCCUAGCACAGUCUGGAUGAGAAUGAUGUAGCGUCCAAAGCACAGCUGGAUGUGAGCUAUGUAGCCAAGAUCAAAUAGGACAUUUUGAAUCUUUACACUGGUCUGCCUUAUUAGAUUCUGUAACAAGCUUGAAAAGUACAGGAGAUGACAAAAAAACAAGAUGGAAGCUUCUAAGCUCAGAAAUGAACAUGUUAAAAGUGUGUAACGCAACAGACAGAAGAGGGGAUUGUUCUAAUAUAAAAUGUAGGUUAAAUGUGUGUUUUGGUAGAACUACAGAAGAUACUGUGUGGGAUACUGUGGCGCAGCAGCCACUUUUCAUUUAAAUUAUUCUCAUAAUAAAAUCAACACUAAUUUGUACACCUUCCUCUACUCUUGUAUUAAUGUUACAUUAGAAGGAACCCUCUUCUAUACUAAUCAUUAUACUGACAUCAAGUCUCAGUCCACCGUGUUCUUUGUAGGACU